UAUAGUUUAUUAGAUUAAAUUAGGUGAAUCGAUUUUUAAGUUUUAAUAGGUUUGAGCUGCAAUAUAUAUUUUGAAAUUGAUAGUUUUUCAUGAGCAAGAAUGCGUCUGAGCAGAUUUGUCGAAUUUGGUAGAAAGAUUAUAGGAGUUGGGAGAAAUUAUAAGCUUUGGGCUCCACUCUUUCUGCUGAGGAGGUUUCAGUCUUAGUUCAUCAUGAGUUGGAGUCCAUCAUGUGGCCUGCUGUGUCUCCUGGCCCAAGACCAGACAUACCAUAUCCUGGGGAACCUGGUCAGGACAAGAAGGGUUUGGAUAGCUUCUUUCCAACAUUUUCCUUUGCUGUGCAGUCCCAGACACCAUGCUGCUGAAAUGAAAAGUGUUGUUCCUGACAAGCCACUUCUCUUUUUAAAACCUCCCACUGCAUUUAUUACAGAAGGAAAUCCCAUCAAAGUACCCAGAGGAUGUCAUGAGCUGCACCAUGAAGUUGAACUUGGUGUCAUCAUUGGUCGGAAAGGUAAAGACAUUUCAGAGAUUGGAGCAAUGGAUUAUGUGGGUGGAUAUACUCUAUGUCUAGAUAUGACUGCAAGAGAUCUUCAGGAAGAAGCUAAGAAAAAUGGUCUCCCUUGGACUGUUGCUAAAGGAUUUGAUACAUCUUGUCCAGUUGGUUCUUUUCUUCCUAAAGAGCAGGUUGCUGACCCACAUAAUCUGCCCUUGUGGUGUAAUGUAAAUGGACAGAUGCGACAAGAAGGUUCAACUGCUGACAUGGUGUUCCGUAUUCCUACUUUAAUUAGCUAUAUAAGUAGUUACUUUACUCUUGAACCAGGAGAUGUAAUUUUAACUGGAACACCUGCUGGUGUUGGGCCUGUUCAGCCUGGAGAUAUAGUUGAAGCUGGCCUUGGAAGCUUAAUCAGAAUGUCAUUCAAAGUCCAAGUUGAAGAAAAAAGUAUGUAGUUCCCUUAGCAAAGUAAAAUCUAUUAAUCAAUUUGAUAAUGUUCACAUACGAAUGAUGCUAUUUAAAUAAUUCAGCUGCGCAGAACUCUAAAUGCAGUUCAUUAACUCUGUGGGUUUAGCUGCAUAACACAACAGAAAAUUAUAUGCAACAUGUAGAGGGCUUCCAUUCACUGCCUUAGAAUUACUGUAUUUUGCUGCAUACUGAAUAAAGGACGUGGUCAGUAAA